AUGAUGACCCUUCUGCUUCUGCUGCUGUUCCUCUGCGAGGCCCAGAGCCGGGUGGCAUCAAAGCCCAACUUCGUCCUGCUGAUGGCUGACGACCUUGGCAUCGGGGACCCCGGCUGCUACGGCAACAAGACUCUCAGGACUCCCAAUAUCGACCGCCUGGCCAGAGGGGGCGCGAAGCUCACACAGCACCUGGCAGCGUCGCCCCUCUGCACGCCCAGCAGGGCAGCCUUCUUGACCGGCCGGUACCCUGUCCGCUCAGGAGUAGCAUCUCAGUCCCAAGUGGGAGUCUUCCUCUUCUCGGCCUCUUCUGGAGGACUGCCGCCCAGUGAGAUUACGUUUGCCAAGCUUCUGAAGGAUCAAGGCUAUUCCACGGCUCUGAUAGGCAAGUGGCACCUGGGUAUCAGCUGCCACGAGCGCGGCGACUUCUGUCACCACCCGAGCAGCCACGGCUUCGACUACUUCCACGGGCUGCCCGGGACCAACCUGCGGGACUGCAAGCCGGGCGAGGGCAGCGUGUUCACCCGGGCCUUCCGGCUGCUGGUGUUCGUGCCCCUGCAGCUCAUCGCCGUGGCCCUGCUGACCCUGGCCGCGCUCAAGUGGCUGCGGCUCUUCCGGGCGCCCCCCUGCGUGUUCCUCUUCCUCUUCCUCCUGGCCGCCCUGCUCCUCGGGCUCCUGCUCGGCUUCCUGCACUACUUCCGGCCGCUCAACUGCUUCCUGAUGCGGAACCGGGGCGUCACGCAGCAGCCCGUGUCCUACGACAACCUCACGCAGCGGCUCACGGCGGACGCCGCCCGCUGGCUACGUCGGAAUGCUGAGACCCCUUUCCUGCUUGUCCUGUCCUACCUGCAUGUGCACACGGCUCUCUUCUCUUCGAAGGACUUUGCCGGCAAAAGUCAACACGGCUCCUAUGGGGAUGCCGCUGAGGAGAUGGAUUGGAGCGUCGGGCAGAUCUUGGAUGUCCUCGAUGAGCUGAAACUGGCUAAUAACACCCUGGUGUACUUCUCCUCUGACCAAGGAGCUCACGUAGAGGAGGUGACCGUCAAAGGGGAAGUUCAAGGAGGCAGUAACGGCAUCUACAAAGGGGGAAAAGCCAACAACUGGGAAGGAGGCAUCCGGGUUCCCGGCAUCGUCCGGUGGCCGGGAGUGAUCCGGGCUGGCUUGGAGAUUGAUGAGCCCACCAGCAACAUGGACAUCUUUCCCACGGUGGCCAAACUCGCGGGAUCUCCGCUGCCGCAAGACAGGGUCAUCGACGGCCGGGACCUGAUGCCCUUGCUGCAGGGGCGGGCCCAGCGAUCAGAGCACGAGUUUCUCUUCCACUACUGCAACUUCUACCUGAACGCCGUGCGCUGGCAUCCACCCAACAGCACGUCCAUCUGGAAGGCCUUUUUCUUCACCCCCAAGUUCUCCCCCGAGGGCGCCAACGGAUGCUUUCCCACCCACGUGUGUUUCUGUCACGGGCAGUACGUCACCUACCACCACCCGCCCCUGCUGUUUGAGAUUUCCAGAGACCCCCGGGAGAGAAACCCGUUAACCCCGACAUCGGAGCCGCGGUUCCAGGAGAUCCUGGAGGCCAUGCAGGAGGCGGCAGCCCGCCACACCCGAACCCUUCAGGACGUCCCCAACCAGCUGUCGCUGGGGAACCUGAUCUGGAAGCCGUGGCUGCAGCUGUGCUGCUCGUCAUGGGGGCUGUCCUGCCAGUGUGACCGGGAAGAUCAGGAUGGGAGACAGAGCCUUUAG